ACAAAUUUCCGAAAAAAGCAAAAAAAAAAAAAUUCCUCUCUCUCUCUCUCUCUCUCCUCCCACUUCGAACCCUCCUCCCCUUUCUCCCCGGAUCUAGGGUUCGAUUCUUCGCAAAUGGAGCUCGCUCGAUCGUAGAUCUCGUUCUCCCUUCAAUGAGAUUGUAGACUCUGCCUGAGAUUGGAGCUGUAGAUAAGGAGGAGGAGGUGAAUCCGGGGAGUGGGAGAUGGGCGAUAGCAAGAUUGGGACGGUGGGGGCGCUGAGCCUAUCCGUGGUGUCGUCGGUGUCGAUCGUGAUCUGCAACAAGGCCCUGAUUAGUACCCUCGGCUUCACAUUCGCUACUACUUUGACGAGCUGGCAUCUCCUGGUCACAUUUUGUUCGCUUCAUGUGGCACUUUGGAUGAAAUUAUUCGAACACAAACCUUUUGAUCCAAGGGCAGUAAUGGGCUUUGGAAUACUGAAUGGAAUCUCUAUCGGGCUGCUGAACUUAAGUCUUGGUUUCAAUUCUGUUGGUUUUUAUCAGAUGACAAAACUGGCAAUUAUUCCUUGCACUAUAUUAUUAGAGACACUUUUCUUCAGGAAGAGAUUCAGUCGGAGCAUCCAGUUUUCACUCACCAUUCUUCUACUCGGUGUUGGUAUCGCGACAGUGACUGAUCUUCAACUCAAUCUUUUGGGAUCUGUCUUAUCUCUGCUUGCAGUAUUCACGACUUGCAUCGCACAAAUUAUGACAAACACUAUCCAGAAGAGAUUCAAAGUCUCUUCGACCCAACUCUUGUAUCAAUCGUGCCCAUAUCAAGCAUUGACUUUGUUCAUAGUUGGCCCAUUUCUUGAUGGGCUUUUAACUAACCAGAAUGUGUUCGCUUUCAAUUAUACUCCUCAAGUUUUGGUUUUCAUUGUGCUUUCGUGCCUAAUAUCUGUCUCUGUCAACUUCAGCACAUUUCUGGUUAUUGGGAAGACAUCCCCUGUGACUUAUCAAGUCUUAGGGCAUUUGAAAACCUGCCUGGUCCUAACAUUUGGCUAUGUUUUACUUCAUGAUCCAUUUAAUUGGAGGAACAUAGUAGGAAUUCUAAUCGCGUUAGUUGGGAUGAUCUUGUAUUCUUACUUCUGCUCGAUGGAGAGCCAACAAAAGACGGCUGAAUCGUCAACCCAGCUAUCUCAGGCCAAGGAAAGUGAAUCCGACCCUCUAAUCGGCGUAGAAAAUGGAUCGGAUGGCUUGGCGUCGAAAGGCCCGAUAUGGAGCUCGAACAAAGAUUUACAAGCAUGAGAUUUUCGUGGAUUAGUAUUUAGUCAGGAGGUUCAACUCUUUUUGAAGAAAAGACCCUCAUCUGUUUUAUAAUCAUGCAGAAACUCCAGAGAAGUUUUGGAGGGCAGAUGGGAGGGGCUGUUUUGCUGUAGCAGCUUUUUUUUUUUUUUUUUCUUUGUUGUUAUUUUUAGAAAUUAGUUGCCGAUGUAUUUUAUUCUUGUCACUUAUGAUUUAUUUUUGUUUCUGGACUUAAUUCUUACAUUGUUAUUUAGAGAUAUAUUGAGUUAUUGGUUUCUAAAAA